CACCACCCCUAGAAGAAGCCAUCGAGAGAUCGACCCAAACGGACAAAAAAACAAGAAGCAGCAGACGCCCCCCCCCUCCUCCGCCGCCGUCGGUUGCCAUCUCCUCACCCUCCGUCCUCCGCUGCCCUUGCCUCCUCCGUGCUUGCUUGAUCUAAUCCUAGCCGCCGGAAGCAUCGGCGUUAGCUUCUCCGUCACGGCCUCUGCUCCGGCCCGCCGCCACCGCCUGGCCCCGACAUGACUGGGUCGUCCAAGAAGCACGAGCUGAAAUCUAAGCAAAAGCUGGAAAAGAAGCUCAGCUUCUACACAAAAGUAAAAGAUGCAGUUACUACCCUAAAUGCUAAGAAGACUAUUAGUAAGAAAAAGAAACAGAGGAGUCGGAGUCGUCAGAAGAAACUGAAAGCAUAUGAUCUCUCAGGAUUUGCUGAGUUCCUUCCGGAAACGGCUGCACCAGAGCAGAUGACUGAAGCAAAGCUGAACUGCAAGUCAAGGCAGGCUUUAGUGCAACGGGAGGCUGCUCAACUGAAAGCUGUACUGAGCAAUCCGCAGUUCCAGCUUGACCCGUUUGCCGCGAUCCAUCAGCACCUGCUAGCAACGCAGCCACCUGCUGCUGCGAAGAAGGAUGACGCCGCGAAGCACGGGAAGGACUCCAAGGACAGGAAAAGGAGGAGGAAGAAGAAUGCUUCGUCGAGUGCUCAAUCAAUGGAGAUAUGAUGUUGUAACAUACUAUCUACAGAAAUUAAACUCGUUCGGUUCUAACUUGGUUCGGAGGCGACUUCUCCCCUUAUGUGAGAUUUUGAACUUGUCGAAUUUGGGCAUCGGUGUGUGUUAACAUUUUGGCACCAAUGCGCUUAUUUCUUUUCGAGAGCUUCCACUCCCCGAAAUCUAGGUUAGGUUUUAUGUAGUAGUUAAUUGUGCCGAUGAUGCCUGCGUAAGCUCCACGCCGCUUCGCCUUACCAUAUGAUAUUUGUCAGACUUGGUGCCACAUUGAUAAUCCAGUUUAUUGAGGGGCAGUUGGUAAUAUAGCACUCAAUGUCACAC